AUGACAACUACUAGGGCAGACGACUUCGGACUAGUUGCGUUCUACCCAGUCGCCCUGACAACAAGACCAAGUUGCUACAACAAGGUCAUUCUACUUGAAACGUUUUGGGAAUUCAGUCAGUCCACCGUCCGACGUUGGAAAGCACACUGCGACGCAGCCGGAGGCCGCAGUAGUGACCAAGUUUCGCAACCGAGGUCAGACGACCGUUGCUACCCAAAACACUUUUUGUCCGCCGAAACGAUGAGAAGACCACAUCGAACUGGCAGACACGACGUCUCCACUCGGCUCUUCAUGUCUACUUCAGCUUCUAUGAGCCCUGAUUCAUCAACACGAUCUCUGGACCAAGUCAGCUGCAACAGUCCGACGCGGUACCGUUUGCACGACAGUCUUCCUGUCGAUUGGCAA